AUUUUGUGUAGAGAGACUCUACCCACUAAAUAUUCGAUUUCCUCUCUUUUAUACUUACUUAUAUAUAUUUUUUUUGAAGGAGUAAUUAAAAAUGCUGGUUUUACCACUAUUUAUAUCAAUAAUCUUUAUGAUUUUUUGUGCUCUCUGAGAUGAUUAACUUUAUCGUUUUUUAUCGAAUUAAAUGCAGUGUAAUGACGUAAUUAUGUGUUCAAGUAUUCUUAUGAGAAUGGAGAUGUCAAUUCUUCCAGGAAUGUCGCCAAAUAAAACUGCUUUUAAAGGAAUCACCCCAGAAAAAAGAUUAACCAACAUAGACAUCCCUGAAAAUAGACCUUUUAAGUUAUCCAUUGAAGGAAAUAUUGGUGCUGGAAAAUCUACUUUACUCGAAUAUUUAAAAUCAAUAUCAGGAGUUGAAAUUUAUCCGGAACCCUUAGAACAAUGGCGAAACUUAAAAGGGUACAACCUUCUCCAAUAUUUAUACGAAGACAUGCCAAAGUGGCAAAACACAUUUCAAUCUCACGUCCAAUUCACUCGUUACAAAAUUCAAACGAGCGCUCCAAAAUCUCCAUCGACUACAGUUCAAAUUUUUGAACGUUCGAUUCAAAACAAUCGAUUUUGCUUUCUCGAAAUGGCCAAAGACAGCGGGAUGCAUCCAAAUGAAUUUGCCGUUUUAAACGAAUGGUAUCAAUGGAUUCAAGAAAUAUCCGAUAUAUCUUUAGAUUUAAUAGUUUAUUUGAGGAGUACGCCUGAAAAAGUUUUUGAACGCACUAAAGAUCGUGGACGUCCCGAAGAAACCGGGAUCACGUUGGAUUAUUUAAAAAAGCUGCAUGAGUAUCAUGAACGCUGGUUGACUAGUAAUAAUCCGAAAUUAAAUAAGAUACCCGUUUGGAUUUUGGAUGCGGAUAAAACUUUGGAGGAUAUUCGGGAGCAAUACGAUUUGUUAAAAAGUAGUUUGGAGGAUAAAGGUAAAUUGAAAAUGGCGAAAAAGUCAUUGUUUAAAGAUUAAAAUUAAACGAUUUGUGUUUGAAA